AUGGAUCAUCCGGAGACGAGUCAGACUAAGGAGGACGAGGGUAUCCACUUCCAAAAGGAUGAUCAGGAUGGAUAUACCAGCCAUUCUUUGAUCCCGCAGCACAAGGUAGUGGAAAAACUCGUGGAUAAAAUCAAGAACAAAAUCAUGGAUAUAAAAACGUUCCAAGGGUUUUCAAGAGGAAGAUUGGAUCAAGUUCUACAAAGCUUGAGUCCAUUCAAAAGGAAGCAUCAUGUCUUCUUCGGCACAACGAGUCGGAAAUUGGCGCUUCCAAUAGAAAUGACGAACAACCAAGUAGAGAUCCAAUUAAUUCCAGCCGAAGAUGUGCCGAGGGAUCUCUCAAAAAUGAAGCUAGAAGCCGCUAAGGCGAUGAAAUGGAUUCAUAUUGGAGCAAUCCAGUUGGUGAUCAAGUCCUCACUUUCACCAGGGACAGAUACACCAAUUGAUAUUGUAAUUUGUGACAAGAGGAUUACAAAUUCGAGAGAUGCAGUGUUGGGAGCUUUCUCAGGCAAUCUCUACGCCAAGCAGAUUAAAGCAAUCGAUACAUCAGAUUUCUGGAGAUUGGAGGCUUUGAGAUCCAGAUCGAGGGCAAAGUCGGACAAGAAGCUGACGUCCUGA